CCAUUGCGACUGCGAGUAAUUUUCUUGUGAAUGGAGCGCCCUUCUGGAGCACCAUUUAAGCCAGCCGGAAAGAGGAAAAGGAGGAAAAAAUGACUGCUUUUGAGAGGCGCUCGUGACGGGGAAGAGGUGUCAAAAUUUCUGGAAAGCGGCCGGUUUGUUUACAUUCGACACGAUGGUGACCACAAAACUAGACGAAUUGCAGGAAUUCUUCAAGACCCACAACAAAGUUCGCGAGCAGAAAGCCCACACGUCAAAAGUUCAUUCCGUGGGAUGGAAUUGCGAUGGAAAGAAGCUCGCUUCCGGCUCCUUUGACAAAUGCGUGGCGAUUUUCAGCCUCGACCGAGAUCGUCUGAGCAAGGACACCACGUACCGUGGGCACACGGGAUCUGUGGAUCAGCUGUGUUGGCAUGCAGUCCAUCCUGAGCUUCUGAGCACCGCGAGUGGAGACAAAACAGUGCGAAUCUGGGAUGUCCGGGCAAGUAAGUGUGCCACAAUAGUGAACACAAAGGGAGAGAACAUCAAUAUCACCUGGUCACCGGAUGGGAACACCAUUGCCGUGGGAAAUAAGGAGGAUCUGGUGACCUUCAUCGACACACGCACUCACAAAAUCCGUGCCGAAGAGCAAUUUGGCUUCGAGGUGAAUGAAAUCGCCUGGAACAAUCGCAGUGAUCUGUUCUUCCUCACCAACGGCCAGGGAUGCGUUCACAUACUCAACUAUCCCAAUCUGGAUGUGAAGGACAUCCUCAAGGCUCAUCCAGGCACCUGCAUUUGCAUAGAAUUCGAUCCGACCGGAAAGUAUUUUGCCACAGGAAGUGCAGACGCGCUCGUCUCUCUCUGGGACGCUGAGGAAUUGUCGUGCAUUCGGGUGUUCUCGCGACUCGACUGGCCCGUGCGCACCAUCUCGUUCAGUCACGACGGCAGACUCCUGGCCUCCGCCAGUGAGGACCUUCUAAUUGACAUUGGAGACACGGAAACUGGGGAGAAAGUAGCCGACAUCUCCGUGGACGCAGCCACUUUCACAGUAGCUUGGCACCCCAAGCAGUACCUCUUGGCUUUUGCGUGCGACGACAAAGACUCCUGCGACAGGAGACGCGAUGCCGGAAGCCUCAAAGUCUGGGGAUUUACUGAGUGA